CCCUAUGAAGAAGCCUGUGAGUACUGAGGACCAGGUUGUAACAGACCAGCAGGGCCGGCGCAGGUUCCAUGGAGCCUUCACUGGAGGCUUCUCAGCAGGAUACUACAACACUGUGGACACACCAGAAGGAUGGACCCCUGCCACGUUUGUGUCCUCCCGGAGCAGCAAGGCUGGCAAGGUGCAGCAGAGACCAGAGGACUUCAUGGAUGAGGAGGACAUGGGAGAAUUUGGGAUAGCACCAAAAAUGGUCACCACAACAAAGGAGUUUGUGUCUGAGGAAAAGGAGGACGUUCGUAGGAAGAGAGCGGCGGCAGCAGCUGACCAGCACAGUGUGUUACCAGCAUUACUACAGGACCUCAUCAUACCUGCCAGAGAGUCCAUCGGAGUGAGGCUGCUGAGGAAGAUGGGCUGGAGGGAUGGGACUGGAAUUGGGGCAAAGGUCAGGAGGAAGAUCAAGAUGAAGAGACAGGCUGAAGUAGCUCCUUCCCAGAAGCUCUAUGGCUGUGCCCCUCCACCUGGUCACAGGCACUCAGAGGAAGAAGAAGAUGAAGAUGACCCAUUCACACAUGGUCAUGAGUUUGCACCCAAAGACGUUCUGCCCAUGUCAUACCAACCCAAGGACAACAUGCAUGGGAUUGGUUACAGAGGACUGGUUCCCACUGACUUCCUGGGUCCCUCUAUGUCGACCGCACGUCUGGGCCCAAAGAGCAAAGGAAUGAAAGGACAGGCCUUUGGUGUGGGAGUAUUUGAAGAAGAAGAUGAUGACAUCUACACCACAGACUCCAUGGCUAACUAUGACUUCACAGCUGCAGGGGUGGAGGUACAAACCCAGAGUCAACUCAAGCAAACAAGACAUGGCCAUCAAAUGCCUUCUAUAGAAACUAAGGCCCCAGAGGGUUUUGUACUCUCAGCAAGGGCAGCACAACCAAAACAGGUGUUCCCUCCCCCUGCUGUUCCAAGAGACUUCCGCCCUGUGCACAGGUUCAGCAGACCUGCUGAGGGUGAGCUGCAGACAGCAGGCAGACACAGUCUCACAGCACUGCAGAGAGCACAGGCACUGGGCGAGAAACCACCUACAGAACAGAUGUCAGUGUUUGACUUGAUCUCUACUGCUGAUAAAGAGGCAAUAAAGACUGUGCAGCUGCACAAAAAUGUGACAGCUGCUGCACCUGUUCCACCUGUUGCACCUGCUCCACCUGCACCACCUGCAGUACACACCGACAGACAGUCAGCCACCACGACCACAGGUAACAUGGGUAACUUUAGACCGUUCUCACGUGAUGCUGCCAAACAGCAAAGAUAUGAAGAGUACAUCAGAGCAGCAAAGUCUGGAGCCAAAGACCCUAUGCCUGCAGCUCCCUCAGGAAUGACAGAAUGGGAGAGAGACAGAGAGAGAGAAGAGUUUGUGCGUGCGUACCAGCUGUACCAGCCGCUCCACGGGAUGAUGGCAAGUCGCUUCACCCGGGGGAAACACCUGGACCAGCCGACCACGGACCAACCACCCUCCCUACAGGAGGAAGUAUCAGACAAGGCUAAAGCUGCAGGAAUGAAGAUGUUUGGACGUCUGACCAGAGACAGGAUGGAAUGGCACCCUGACAGGCUGCUCUGUAGGAGGUUUAACGUCCCAAACCCUUACCCAGAGUCGACAGUUGUUGGUCUAUGCACACUGAAGAAGGAAAAAUACACUUUUGCCAACUUCUUAAACAUGCCAGUAGAGUCCAGGUCUUCAGAACAUUCAUCUUCCACCACAACAAACUCUAAAGGCAAGGAAACACCAGAGUCACAGGAAGUCAGUAAGAACACCAGUAAAGUUGCUGGUGGCGAGGAGAGAGGUGUUCUCAGUUAUCUGUGUGAGUCUGAAGAUGUACCAAGUACAUCAGAACAGGAUACUAGGAUGCAAGAAGAUCCUGAUGUUAGUAAGAAACUGGACACAGACAAGGAGAAGCCACCGUUAGACUUGUUCAAGGCCAUCUUCCAGUCUUCAUCUGACAGCUCAGGGGGGUCGGACGACAGUGAGGAGGGGGAGGACAUGGAUGACACAAGGGGGGAAGGAGGAGAAAGCAAGGGGGGAGGAGGUGAAGCCAGGGGGCUAGGAGGGAAGACAGUGGAAGUAGACAACAGUGAUGGUGCCUUGGAGCAGGAUAGAGACAAACCACUGGACAAUAUUACUGCUGAUCCAGCUGAUACAGGAAAACUUGACUCAGGUACACAUGUAACAGAUCCCAAGUUGUCAGUAGUGACAAGUCCAGACAGCCAUGUCAGCAGGUGGGACAGAAGUGAAGCACAGGUGACUGUAGAACAGGCACAGGUGACUGUAGAACAGGCACAGGUGACUGUAGAACAGGCACAGUUGUAUGGACCAGCACUGCCGCCAACAGUUUCAGGAGGAGUUUCUACAAGUCCUCACAGUCACAGACCAGCUACAGCAGACUCUUCCUCCCACAGACACAAACACAGCCAUAGGGACAAACACAAACAUAAACACAAGAAGGACAAAAAGAGUAAAAAGUCCAAGCAGAAACACAAAAAGAAGAGCAAGAAGAAAAGAAGAUGGAAGGAUGAAGGAGAAGACAGUGGGAGUGAAAGAGAGAGCAGUGAAGAGAGUGAAGAUGAGGUUAAGAGUGACUUGUUAAAUGAUCAGCUCCUUCACAGGGUGAGAAGUCUACGACAUCACAUCUCCCCGGCAGAUGUCCUGUAACAACCAGCAACUGUGACCUGAUCAUGCACGGGCCAACAACCAAUCUUGUUCUAUCAUGAAAGUUCAUCUGUGUUGGUAGUUACAUGUCCAACACAAAAGUUCUCUCACCUAGAGCUUUCGACCAGACACUCUGGUCU